CUUUCUUAUACUGUGUAUAAGUUUUUCAAUAUGGCAAGAACCAAGCAGACCGCUCGCAAGUCCACCGGUGGAAAGGCGCCCAGGAAGCAGCUCGCUACCAAGGCUGCCCGAAAGAGCGCUCCCGCUACCGGCGGCGUGAAGAAGCCUCACCGCUACAGACCCGGCACUGUGGCUCUGAGAGAGAUCCGCCGCUAUCAGAAAUCCACCGAGCUGCUGAUCCGCAAGCUGCCCUUCCAGCGGCUGGUCAGAGAAAUCGCUCAGGAUUUCAAGACUGACCUGCGCUUCCAGAGCUCCGCUGUCAUGGCGCUGCAAGAGGCUAGCGAGGCUUACCUGGUCGGGCUCUUUGAGGACACCAACCUGUGUGCCAUUCACGCCAAGAGAGUCACCAUCAUGCCCAAAGACAUCCAGCUGGCCCGCCGCAUCCGCGGAGAACGCGCUUAAACUGCAAAACCCUUAAAACACAGUGAAACCCAAAGGCUCUUUUCAGAGCCACUCACUCCUCUGAAUGAGUUAUAUUCC